AUGAUAAUAAUUACUGCUGCCUCUGCGGCCACAUUAGCCGAGAACAAGGAGUUCAUCAGAUGUGCCAAAGAGCGCACCGCAGCCCUCGAGAACCUCAGUGAGGAAGAGCUGUUUAAUUUGACUCAACAAAAUUUGGUCACCGCCUCGGCUAUGGUGGCCAAGAGAGCGGCCGCCGCCCAACGCCAGGGACUCGUCUGUUAUAACAAUUUCAACACCGUUUACGGCCCGGGAGUGCUGGACAUUAUGGGCCCAACCGGUGAACCAAAGGUGUUGAGCACCGCCACCAGCGCUGACCAACGGGCGACGGCCACCAAACAGAUCGCCGGUAUGACUCAACUGAUCAUGUGCGACGAGGCCUAUCGGGCCAAUCACGUGGACGACAUCAUUCAAUGCAAUUUCUUUGACCGCAACGGCGGCGCCGCCGCUCAGUUCGCUGUCAAACUGCCACUCUUGGAGUCGGUGAUGGGUGUGGGCGGUGUCCUACUCAAGGGUGCCUCUCCCCCCAUGGCAUCCGUCGUAACGCAGAUCAAGAAUCUUUAUGGCGAUUUGUACGCCACCGGCAGGACCUGCUCUGAAAGCAAAGCACUAACGCCUGACCAACAGUGCGCUAAUCUGAAAAUGUUGGACUUGGAGUUGGACCGACUCGGAGAGUUGGGCGCACUGGCAGUCGCAUCCAAAUUGCCCUUCUUGUAAAAUGGGCAUGUUACUGUAUAUUUUACUAAACAUAUUAUUUUAAACACUUAAUUGUUUCUAAAUUAAUACUCAAAAUUUUUUCUUAAACUGUUUGUUUAAACAAUAAAAUAUUCAGCAUUUAAUUACAAUGAA